UGUGAAAGACUGGAGCAAAAUGAAGAAGCUGCUGCAAUAUCUGCACAACGGAGUAUGAUUAAAUACUAACAGAAAUCGUAUGGAAACAGCAGAGGGCAGUGAUACGCAUUGGAUGCAUCUAGGCUGCCGCAACCAAAACAAGAGGAAGAAGAAGAAGAAGAAGUGGUUUGUGGACUGAGCUGGAAGACGAUUGUGUCUUGUCGCCGUGUCCCAGAUAAAUAUUUUUAAGCUGUUGAAGUAACAAUGUCUUCAUCUGAGAGUUUGAGAGAGUUGAUCAUCGAGCGACUAACUGCUGCUGCUGAAGAAAUAUUCGGACUCUUUGAAAGAACUGUCGUCCAGUACGAGCAAGAGAUCGAUCGUCAGCGCAGACUGCUGGAUAUCACCUGGAAACCUGAGAUAAAGUUGCACAGAAUAGACGUCCCACAGCAACAUGUCUGCACAGAGGAGGAGGUUCUCACUGAGGACCAGCUCUGUGACCAGGAGAGGAACUCCAGUCUAGAACAGGAGGAACCAGAAACUCCCCAGAUUAAAGAGGAAUAUGAGGAACCAGAACCUCCACAAAUUAAAGAGGAACAGGAGGAACUCUCAUGCAACAUUCAGCAGGAAGAACAUCUUGUGCUGAAGCAGGAGACUGAUUCCUUUAUGGAGACUACUACUGAUGAGGAAAGUGAGCACAGUGAACCAGAACCAAACAAUGACCAGCUCCUCUGUCACAACUCUGCUAUACCUGAUAGCCCAGAUCAGGUAGCAGGCCAGCAUGAAGACUCAGGAUCAACUACAAAUGCAGGGAUGAAUCCAAAGAAGAGAUGUCACAGAGACACAAGUCACAGUAACGAUGUAGACAAUUCUCCCAUAUCAGAGAGUCAGUGUGAUACUGACACAGGUAAAAAGUCUAGAACAUGUGACAUUUGUGGAAAAGUCUUUCAGUAUGAGUCUGUAUUGAAGAUGCAUUACAGAACCCACACUGGCGAGAAGCCGCAUUGUGGUAAAAGUUUCACACUGCAUCAUGGUUUGAUUUUACACACCAAGACUCACACAGGCGAGAGACCGUAUCUUUGUACCUCAUCAUCUAUUAGAAACCAUGUAACAAUCCAGUCAGGUGAUAAGCCGUUCUCUUGCAAGACGUGUGGUAAAACCUUUAGUCAAUGUAGUCAUUUAACUUGGCACACGAGGACUCAUGCAGCUAAGAAGCCGUAUUGUUGUGACACAUGUGGCAAAAUCUUUAGUCGAAGUACUGCUUUAACUAGGCACAUGAGGACUCACACAGGUGAGAAGCCAUAUUCCUGUGACACAUGUGGUAAAACCUUCAAUCAAAGACCAUAUUUAAUUGUGCACAUGAGGAGUCACACAGAUGAGAAACCCUAUUGUUGCAAAACAUGUGGUAAAAACUUCAGGCAAAGGAAUCAUUUAACUAGGCACAUGAGGACUCACACAGGUGAGAGGCCAUAUUCUUGUGACACAUGUGGUAAAACCUUCAAUCAAAGACCUCAUUUAAUUACCCAUAUGUGGACUCACACAGGUGAGAAGCCGUAUUGUUGCAAAAUAUGCGGGAAACAAUUCAAUUCAAGUCAGUAUUUGACUGUCCACAUGAGGACACACACAGGUGAGAAUUCGUCAUCCUCAGACAUCUGUGGGGAAAAAUCUCUGGGGAGCUGAGCAUGAAAACAUCAUAUCAAACAUCUGAUCUGAAUUAAAUGCAAAGUUUUUCUUUCAGACACAAUAUUCUGCAAAAACAAGCCACUUUGGUGCCGGCGACAUGGUGCUUUUACUAACACUGACUGAUACACACCAGCUGAUGGAGGGAAAAGUCAGCUGUGUUUCAGUUCCUGGUGUUCUGGUAUAGACAAAAAGUUGGCAUACAUUUUGUUAGUUUAUUUGGUAACAUUUCCUUUAAAAGGUUUAACCUGGGAUCAAACAUUUUAGGUAGCCUUCCACAAGUCCCUAACAACAAGCUGCAAAAACUUGGAAUUUGUGUCAUUUUUUUUUUUUUUUUUUUGUCAGAAGGCAUCAUUAAAAUGGAAAGAAAUAGUCAAUAGAUGAAUAAACAAUGUUUGUAAUAUAGCAAUUACAUCUCUUUUGUUUUAUUCAUGGACCCUACCAUUAUUUUUCCUUGUAACAUUCGAACCAGUUGCUGCUUCUUCCCUUGUAAACCCUGUGUUUAAAUCAUUGAUGUUGUAGAAAGAUUUUUACUGUAAAUUAUUGUCAUUCUCUGUACAGUCUGCAACACAAUAACAAACAUAUUUAUUGCCGCACUGAAUCUGCUAUUUUACAUUUUUUAUAUUCAUCAUAUUCACUACUAUACAGCAGCAACCGCUCAUAUUGUUAUUUAUUGGCAGCAGGCCUGACAUUGCUUUUGCCCACUCAAAUUUGUGUAUUUCUUCUCUAUCCCUCCUAAUUGUCCCUCAGGGGAAAAAUAAAGUCAUUCUGAUUCUGA